GCUCAGGGACAUGCAGUAUUGUCCGGUACCGGUCCACGCCGCUAGCAACACCACAAAUUGCCGGGAAGAUUUUCAGGUGGCCCAACAUCGCCGAAGUGACCGAAGGGAAGCGUCACUUUUGCCUUUAUCAAGGGGUUCCUGCUAAGCCGCUGCCCAGCAUGGAGGUGCACCUGCAGUGCGUGGCACGGCCGGACUUGGCGCCCAUGACGGUGCGCACGCAUGCCGGGGCCACGGCCGACAGUCUGCUGGGCGCCUUCUGGCACGAGUGCGGCAUCGCGUACGACCCGGCGCUGGCUCUGUACACGCGCUCCAACCGACCCCUGCGCCCGGGGGCGUCGCUCAACGCCCUGGGCGUGCGCUCGGGCGACACGCUGUACCUGCGGCGCCAGCGCGCCCCGCUGCUCUUCCUCGCCAACUGGGGCCUGUUGGCCGUCGUGUGCGGGGUCGUGGCCCUGCUCGGGCUGCUGCUCGCGUCGAUGGCCUACGGCCUGACCGGGGGCCGGGUGCCCUUCGUGCACGGAGUCGUCGUGGACGCCGGCUCGAGCCACACCGAGGCCACACUCUACCGCUGGCAGGGCGCCAAGUACCUGGGUACCGGCCGCGCCGUCCAAGUGGACCACGCAGAGUCCGACGGCGGCAUCAGCACUAUGGAACCCCGCCGCACGGCCGAGGACCUCGCUCGGGCCGUCUCCGGACUCCUGGGGGGCAUCCGGGCGCCCGUCUACCUCGGGGCCACGGCCGGCAUGCGUGUUCUCAAUCUCACGCAGCCAGCCCAAGCAGACGCCAUCCUUAUGGCUGCCGAGUGUGCCCUCAAGCCGUAUGGCCUUCGCCGGGCCGUCAUCCUGAGUGGCCACGACGAGGGGGUUUUUGCCUGGCUCUCCACUAACUACCUGGUGGAAGUCAUUCCACAGGACUCGGGCCACACUGAGGACACCUUCGGUGCUUUGGACUUGGGUGGCGCGUCAACACAGGUUGCCUUCCCAGUCAGCAGCGAUGCCUCAUCCGAGGACAUAACUGAGUUGACACUUUACGGCCGCAAGUACAGGGUCUUUGCAGUGUCCUAUCUUUGCUAUGGUGUCAAUGAGAUUAGGCGCAGGUUCCUAGCUCACAUCAUUGCUCAACAGGUGAGUUUGGUAACAGGCUUCUCCAGCAGUUUGGUUGUAGGGCCCUUCAUCUUACAGGAAUACCGGGAUACCAUAGUGAGCCCAUGCCACAACUCUGGAUACACUUUCAACCUGACUGCAAAGGACAUCUUUGAGAGCUAUUGCACAAUAACUCCUCAGACCGAAAGCUGGUUGCAACAGCAUCCAGAUGCCGUGUUCACCUUUGUCGGGAAUGGAUCCGCAAACGAGUGCCACAGUGCUGUUGCCGACCUGAUGAAUCCUGCUACCUGCAAAAAGAGCUACAGCACCUGUCUGGAGCCACCCAAAGUUCCCGUGCCUACUGGUCAGAAGUACAUGGUAAACAUGCGUCUGGUUCCAGCGGUGAGCAGUUCUCAAUGCCGGUGUUGCUUUUCACAGGCAUUUUCGGCAUUCUACUACACCCUGAAAGCGCUCAAUGCUACGGGCAUGCCGCUUGACACCUUCUUAAACAACUCCAACUUGAUGUGCUCGGCCACCUGGGAGGAGGCCCAGACGCUGGUCACGCCCGCCCGCUUCGUGGCCAACUACUGCUUCCAGUCCAUGUUCGUCAGAGACCUGUUGCUCGACAAGUAUGGCUUUAGCGACGCCACCUGGUCUGGCAUCAACUUCAUUAAGAAAGCCAAGGGCUAUGACUUAGGCUGGUCUCUGGGUUUUAUGAUCAAUGCCACCAACGCCAUCCCCGCCGCUCAGCCAUCCGCUCCCACAGUGGGCUUCCAUCUGUUUGUUCUUCUGCUUUGCCUCUUUGUUGGCUUGCUCAUGUUGGCGGCAGCCUUCCUGGUGCUUGCACGCAAGCAGUCGCGAGCCAAGCUCCAUCCUCCCAUGUAGCGGACUGCAACAGAGAAACCAGCUUAUGACGCUGUCGGGAACGUUACUGGAUAUACUAGGUUGUGGAACUUCUCGCAGAAACUGUACAGCAGUGGUUCUCAAACAUUAAUGUUUUGCGGACCCCUUAUGGAUCCGCAAAGAUGAUGGAGGACCCCGUUGGUGGUGAGAGAAAGGGAGAGGGAUAGGUUAAUUAUGAUUUAAUAGAAGACAUAACUAAGGGCUAGGGUAAAGUAGACUUCUCUCAUUCACACAGACACAAAAAAAACUCGGCCGAAAAUUUGAACGUUCCUUCUCAAUCUAAAAAAAAAGGCAACUUUUAUCGCCAGGCUUGACUGAUAAGGCAGGGCUUAGCGGAUCCCUAGAAUGCCUUCGCAGACCCCCAUUUGAGAAUUACUGCUGUACAGCAUCCAAAGCUGUCGCCAACUGUCUUUAUGCAGCGGUGCCAAUGCAGAAAGAUAUUUGCAUCUGCUAGCGGGCUUUCUUGGAAAGACUAGCAGUGCUGAAUUUCAAAGGGGGCACUGAAAUGCAGAUUUUUCUCAGCAGCUCGGAACAUUUGUCUUUACCAUAUAUGUAUUGCACUUAAAAUGUACUUUAUACCUACAGCAACACACGAAAAAUUUACAAACAACUUUUUUACAUGUUCCAAAAGCUGCUUGUCGCCAGCGGAAGCACAUUCAAGGGUAGUCAACAGUAAUCACAUGCGACCUUUUGCAGUUCCACAACCCAGUUGAUCUAUAAACGUUGGUGUUGGGUAGCUUUUACCACAGUGCCUUACUCAAGGGUCCCGCUGUAGCCACGGUGCUCUGAGAAGCAGAUGCAGCAGUAGCAGCAAUGGAAGGGGCAACACUGCCACACGAGCAGUCCGGUCGUUGAGCUCCUCGUCGACUGAAAGAGAUGGAGGAGGCAACACUGCUGCCUGAGAUAUACUCGCCCGCAACACUCGCUUAACCGCUUUAUUGCCGGUGGCUCUAAGUCAAGCUGCAGCGCUGGCAGUUCGGCUGCAACACUUAUUACCAAUUGCUCAAGUACUCCAGGCUUUUGAGGCUUUUGCCGACCAUUUUUUGCCAGAGGCUUUGGAGUCUCGUUCUAUACUACGAGGUUUUUUUGUUUUUUUUUUUCUUAUCUGGGGCUAAAAGUGCCGCUCUUUACCGCACAGUUGUUUAAGCCCUGAAAUACAGGAGAGAGACCUAUGGAGAUUGUUAGAGAAUUAAAGCUUACAUGUUUUGCACAA